AUGAAUAGUGCCAAUAAAAUAAAACGAUUACAAGUACCAGGGGUGCGGGGGGAAUUACCUGAUUCCCAAACUAAAUUGAAAAGACGUAGUAAGAGUGUAGAAGUUGAGGGAGAAGAUAAUUUUAGUAUAAUGGAUCAUGUAGGACAAAUUAUUAAGGAUUUGAAUAGUUUAUGUUCGCAAAAGGACCAGCGAUUUAGUAAGCCAGUAAUCAAGACUUUAAAUGGUUUAUUUAAUGAGAUGAAGGGGUAUGUCUAUAGAUUAGUACUUGAAAAUGAAAAUUUAAAAGGUAAAUUAAGUACAGUAGGAGAAGAGUUAAAUGAUAGAACGUUAGCUAUAGAUACAUAUGCUAGUAAGUUGAAGAGCAAGAUAGAGGUGAGGGAAGAAAUUGGUAAGGCAAAUAAUGUGGUAUUAGUUAGAGGUUCUAAUAAUGAGAGUAGUGAUACCAUCAAACAAAAAUUUUUGGCUAGUAUAGACCCACAUAAGGAUUUAGUACGUAUAGAUGGAAUUCGUAAAAUGAAAGAAGGUGGAAUAGUAGUUACUUUAGCAUCAGACGGAGAUAAGGUAAGAGUGUUGGAACAUAAGGAGAUUAGUAAUGCCAAACUACAAGUGCAAAGUCCUGUUAAAUGGCGACCAAGAAUGUUGUUGGUAGAUGUACCUAGGGUUUUAGAAGAUGAUGAUCUGUUGAAGGUUAUUUUGGCAUUGAAUUUGGAUUUGUUGUAUGGAAGUAAGGAUGUUGAUUUAGAGUAUUUGAAACAAGAUUUUAGAUUGUUAUAUCGAGUGGGAAAACGUAGAGAAUUAUUAGUGAAUUGGGUUGUGGAGGUUUUUUCUCCAGAAUUACAGAAGAGAAUUUUAAAUAUCUCUAAAAUUUAUGUGGAUUAUCGUAGUUGCCCAAUUAGGGAUUUUUAUGAAAUUACACGAUGUUAUAAGUGUCAGAUGUAUGGACAUAUAGCUCGUAAUUGCAGACAACUGAAGGAGGUAUGCUAUAAGUGUGGUAAGGAAGGGCACCGGGGACGAGAUUGUGAAGGAGACGUCCAGAUUAAGUUAUGUAUACCUUGUAAAAAAUUAGGGAGGCCUCAUAGUCAUAAUUCUGGUUAUAAAGAUUGUUAUGCAUAUCAGGUCAUGAUCUCACGAUACAAACGUUUUAUAGAUUAUGGGUAA